AUGUUGGACCACAUGAAUCGGCGCUCUCGCUCUCUGCUCUGUCUCAGCCUGACCUCUCUCGCUCUGGCUCUCUCCGUGCUGGCCUUCUGCACCUCUUACUGGUGUGAGGGGACACAUAAAGUGGUCAAACCACUCUGUCUGUCUCCUGUCAAAAUGGAGAAAUGUGGUCAGAACAACAGCCAGCCUUUUACCACGGAAAUUCCUACCCCAGAGGACACAGGCCCCUCUAACACAACAAUAUCACCUGAACAGAGGGAGGAACUUGAUAAGAUUCAGCAGAGAAAAUUGGCCAAUGCAGUCCAGUACAUUUGGGAAACAGGAGAGGACAAGUACAUGUUCCGCUACUUCCACACUGGAUUUUGGGAGUCUUGUGAGAAACAUGUUGAUGGAGAACGUUGUCGCAGAUUCCUUGAUCUUACCCCCGGGGAAACCCAUGGUGUCUUCUGGUUGUCUAUGGUUUCCGAGUUCACGUACAUCAGUUUGUUGGGAAUGGGUUUUCUGCUCAUGUGGUUGGACGUUCUUUGUUCUCAUAAAGAAAUGCAUGCUCUUAAAAUCAAUGCAUUUGCUGCAUUAUGCAUCGCGCUGUCGGCGUUAAUUGGCAUGGUCGCCCACAUGAUGUACACCACAGUCUUUCAGCUGACUGUCAUUGUAGGACCCAAAGACUGGAGACCUCAAAAUUGGGACUAUGGCUGGUCAUUUGUUUUGGCCUGGGUGUCGUUCAGCUGCUGUAUGGGUGCCGCCGUCCUCACCCUGAACUCAUACACUAAAACUCUCAUCGAGCUUCGGCGUCGACGGAGGCUGCUGCUGGAGGAAACACGCGCCGCUCCAUCUUAUGAUGAAGUGGUUUCAGGAGACGGGAUCUACUCGGUCAGUGGUCUGUUGCAGUGCCAGGACUGGAUGAUGGACAGCAUCUGGGCGGAGCGUGGGAACAUGGGACUAAGUGGAGAUGGGGACCUGCCUACGCUGGUGCUGGUAGGAGGAUGCAGACCGCAGGAGUGUGAGGACUGUGAGAUGGAGAUGGAUGAAAUAGAACAGGCCGUUGAAAGGACCGACUUGUUAACAGGAGUGUAGAAAUUCUGUACAUUUAGGAUGUACCUGAAAAUAUUAUCAUGUGGGGGGAAUUGAAAUGAAACUAUGUUAAG